UUAGAAAAUAAUCCGAAAGAAUUAUAUAUCUUACAUGAUGGACCACCGUACGCUAAUGGAAAUUUACAUAUUGGACAUGCUUUAAAUAAAAUAUUAAAAGACAUUAUAAAUAGAUACAAAGUAUUAAAUGGGCAUAAAGUCAAUUAUAUUCCAGGAUGGGAUUGUCAUGGCUUGCCAAUUGAAUUAAAAGCCCUAACAGAACUAAAAGAAUAUGAAGUUAAACAAUUACAAGUAUUUCAUGAGUUGUUGAAGAAAGGAUAUAUUUAUAGGCAAAAUAAACCCGUAUACUGGUCUCCCUCCUCAAGAACAGCAUUAGCUGAAGCAGAGUUGGAAUAUAAGGACGACCAUCAAAGCAGAUCUGUUUAUGUAAAGUUUCCUAUGAUCAAUUCAACCCUGGAUUUACCAAUUGUGCCAAGAGAUAAUUUACAUGUAUUAAUAUGGACAACAACUCCAUGGACUCUUCCUGCAAAUCAGGCAGUUGCGAUAAAUCCGAAUAUGGAAUAUUCAAUUGUCUGUCCAACGAAUGUUGACCACAAUACAUCAACUAUACACUAUUAUAUAGUCGCAGCUAAAAGAAUAGAUGCAUUGCAAAAAGUUCUUGGCACAGAAUUAAGUGUAAAAUCUACAUUCGAAGGUCGGAAACUCGUUGGGGCAACUUAUAUGCAUCCAAUAAAUAUGCAACAAUGUAAGAUCAUUGAAGCUUCUCAUGUAACUGAAGAAUCCGGUACAGGAUUGGUUCAUAUAGCACCAGGUCAUGGAAUGGAAGAUUAUGAAACGUGUAAAAAACUAUCUGUUCCAAUAAUUUGUCCAGUUGAUGAAUUUGGAAAUUUUAAUUCUGAAGUAGGUAAUCCUACAUUUGAGGGAAAAUUUGUAUUAACAAAUGGGACAUCAGCUGUAAUAGAAUAUUUAAAAGAAAAUAAUAAUUUAAUUAAAGAAGUAAAAUUUAUACAUAAAUAUCCUUAUGAUUGGAGAACAAAAAAGCCAAUUAUUUUAAGAGCUACUGCUCAAUGGUUUGCUAACGUCGGAGCCAUUAAACAAAAAGCCAUUGAGUCACUUCAAGAGGUUAAAAUGGUACCUGAAGCUGCACGAUAUCGAUUGGAACAGUUUACUUUAUCACGUAGUGAAUGGUGUAUUUCGCGUCAAAGAUCCUGGGGAGUUCCUAUACCUGUACUUUACGAAACAGAGACGGAUAUUCCUUUGUUGACAGAUUCUUCUAUAAAACACAUAAUCGAAAUUGUUAAGGAACAUGGAUCAGAUGGGUGGUGGGAAAUUAAUGAAAAAGACUUGCUUCCCCCCGAGUAUAAGAACAAUGGUAAAACGUAUAGAAGAGGGAAUGAUACGAUGGAUGUAUGGUUUGACAGCGGAGUCUCUUGGACUUAUAUCUUAAAAAAAUUCAAAAGGGAAGAUUCCAAGGCAAUUUCAGAUCUAUAUGUAGAAGGAAGCGAUCAGCAUCGCGGAUGGUUUCAGUCAUCUUUGCUAACCUCUAUUGCUGUAAAUAAUAAAGCUCCUUACUCAGCUUUGAUUACACAUGGAUUUGUUAUGGAUGAACAGGGUCGAAAAAUGUCAAAAUCAAUAGGAAAUGUGGUGGAUCCCAAUACUAUCAUUAAAGGAGGAAAGAACAUUAAAAAAGACCCGGCAUACGGAGUAGAUGUACUUAGAUUAUGGGUUGCGUCAUCAGAGUACAUUAAAGAUGUCAACAUAGGGAACACUGUUAUGAAACAAGUUGGAGAAAACAUUCGGAAAUAUCGUAAUACAGCGAGAUUUAUGUUGGGCAACUUGUAUAAUUUUAGAUAUGAUCAAUUGGUUGAUUAUGAAGAACUUUAUCCCACCUUUUAUGACGAUUAUACCUUUAAUAAAGUUAUUCAAACGCUAAAUUAUUUCACAAAUACGUUGUUAUCGGCAUUUUAUUUUGAUAUCAUCAAAGAUAGAUUAUACGCUGAUUAUUUAACAAGUCAAAGCAGGAAAAAUGUGUUAACCGUUCUUUACCAUAUCUUGAAUGUUUAUGCCAUAACAUUAUCACCGAUAGUUCCACAUCUUGCGGAAGAAAUUUAUGAGAAUUAUAAAACUGUAGGACCCAAGGAAUAUGAUAGUAUUUUCAGAUUAGGAUGGUAUAAUUUGGAAGAAAAAUGGAAUAAUCAACCUUUACGACAGGAAUGGGAUGUUUUAAAACAUUUAAGGAAUGACGUGAAUCAAUUAUUAGAAGUCGCUAGAAAAGACAAUUCAUUGGAGGCUAAUGUAGAAUUGUACGUGACGACUACGGAAUUAUUCAAUUUAUUACACAGACAUAAAUUGGAUUUAAAAUCUAUAUUUAUAACCUCCGAUGCAACAAUAUCAUCAUUUGACAAUGAUUCACGAUUAACUGAACCUACUCCAAGUUAUAUUCAUGAAACUGAUUUUCCUGAAGGCAUAAAAGGAAAUUGUAAAAUUGUAGUUAAAAAAGCUUCUUUAUUCAAAUGUCCUAGAUGCUGGAAUUUUAAUGCACAAAUUGAAGGUGGAUUGUGUAAAAGAUGUGAAAAUGUUUUGGCCAUAAGUUAA